AUGCUGUACAAGGCUGAAAAUUUUCGUUUUUCAUUUGGAAAAUAAACUGGAGCGAGAGAUCUGUGGUAGCCUGAAGAGACGGCAGAGAAGUGAGAGGGCCUUUCUUUCUCUAGAGUCUCCAAAACGGCGCUCUCUCGGCCUCUCCUUAAAAACAAACUACAAGAGGACAGAGACUACAAAGAAGUUGAGUGCUCUGAUUUCUCUGGCGUUUCUUCAAGAAGUAUUGAUCUCUAGCUCCAACCUUUCCUAGCCUCCCAGGGCUGACAAAUAUCAUAUAGAACUGCAUUUACCCAUUCUUCUCAGGAAUACCGUAUCCCUCUGCCGCUCGACGUUGACGAUUUCAAACGGGGCCAGCUCUACGCCGUCUCGGAGCUCUGCCGCAAAGAGACGGGCGGCGGCGAAGGCGCCGAGGUGAGCCGACCGCGACGCGGCACGCAACGCGUUCGACCAUCUUCAGUUCGUCACGCAGAGAGAAUUCACGAGUUCGAGCCUCAUACCAGGCCAAACUGUCACCGGAACCUACUACCACAAGAUUUACCGUCUCAAGUCCAAGGCUCCCUGGAUCCUUCAGAAGGUUCCAUUUUUUCAUCAAAGUCGAAGGAAUUUUUUUUGUGACUUCUGAUGAAGCUUAAGAGUCUACAAAUUCUGGAAUAAAAUAAGUAUUUUGUAUUUAGAACUUAUAUUUAAGUUAUUACACUCUUUUUAAGGUAUUUUGGAUUUUUUUUUAAAUUCGACAGGAGACUAAAAAAAAUUCUGAAACAACAAAAAUUGAUGAAAGAAGAAUCCUUUUAAAUCCUGGAAAACCAAAAAAAUCCGGUUUUCACCCUCCUAAGCGAUAACAGUAUGCAUACACUUCAAGAGCGCACGCAGUAUCGCAGACUUGAUAGUUACCGUAACCCGAAAAUUCAAAAAUUGUUCUUUGACCCCCUUUUCAUCAACAAAUCAAUAAAACGAAUCUUUUAGCUUCAUAACUUUUCAGAUGCUCCCAGAAGAAGCCUUCGAAAUUCACGAGGAAAGCUGGAGCGCCUAUCCUUACUGUAAAACAGUGCUAACUGUAAUUUUCCUAUGCUUUCUUCCCUAUUGCUCAUGUUAUCCUUUAGAACCCGAAAUACAUGAAGGAAAACUUCAGACAAGUCAUUGAAAGCACCCAUUUGCCGGACAAUGGAUCGGCGGAAAAUGUAAUCUCUCCUACCUAUUGAUCAUUUUCUCACCGAUUUUUAGCCUUUGAAUGGCCCUAAGAAACGGGAAAUUAUCACCCUUGAUAUUUGCGACGAUACACUCAUCGGCAAAUCGGCUUACAAAGAGGAUCGCGACCCGAAAGUCCGUUUCUAAAAGUUCGAUUCCAAAAUAUGGAAGAAAAUUCCAGAGUUUCCGCUCAGAAAAAGCAGAAGUUGGCCCUCUGGAAGAUGAAUGGAUAGAAGAACACGAACCGGUAAGUUUGUGGCAAAAAAAUCCUGGAGAGGAAUCGAACCUGUGCCCUUUUUGUGGCGGUCAAGGGUGGUACCGACUGAGCCAGGACGCUUUUUUUCCACGUAAAUGAGAAUUUUUCUAUUUCAAAUCUAAAAAAAUAAAACGAAAAACUUGAAAAAAAGCCAAGAUUGUCUUUGAUUGUCGUGAAAAAGGUCCCGGGUUCGAAUCUUAGAUGCGUCGAAGAAUUUUUGCCAUUUUUGGAAAUUUCUAGAAAUCGUGCUCUUUUUCUGAAGGUCACUAGUUGAUUCAUUAGGGUUCCGAAAAUUUUCGCCAUUUUUUACUAUGAAGAGAUGAAAAAAAAAUUUCUGGCAGAGCGGGAAAAAAUUCCCUGCCAAUAUAAGGGUCCCAGGUUCGGGUCCUCACCGCGUUGGAAGAUUUUUGCCAUUUUUUCAUAGCCACAUUUCAUUCCUAGCUUGGAAGCCUUUGGACUUUGAAAGAACUAAUGAUAUUCUUUCAAAAGACUAGCUUAGUGGGGAAAAAAUUUUGCUGCCGUUUCAAAAGUCACAGGUUCGAUCCCUCACCGCGUGAAACAAAUGUUUGCCAUUUUUUCCAGAGUUUCCAAAUCCUAUAAAAGUCAAGCCACUACAGAUUAAGAGCUAGCUAUAGACUAUUUUUUGAUGUUUUAAAUCUCAGAACUUUUUAAAUAAUGAAGCCUAGUCCAGUGGGGGAAAAUUCUCUGCUUUUUGAAAGGUCCCAGGUUCGAGUCCUCACCGCGUUGGAAGAUUUUUGCCAUUCUUCCUGUGUUCAGAAAUUCACCAAUUAAACAUCCACUGACUAUCUUUUUCAAAACAAGACCUAAAAAAACGACUAGUUGAGAUUCCAAAGAAUUUUUAGCCAUCUGAAAGGUUCCAGGUUCGACUCCUCUUCGCGCCCAAAACUUUUUUGCCAUUUUUUUUCUUGAUUUCAAAACCAUUUUUACCUUUCUUUUUUUGUUUAAAAGUUGAAAUAUUCAGAUAAUGUGCGCCUACAAGCUCGUCUCGAUCCAUUUCAAAUGGAAGGGACUGACGAGUCUCGUCGAGAAGACGGUCCUCAAGCAGUAUACCAGGAUUUUCGGCAUGUUCCAUCGGUUUCUAAUAAUUCUCGAGGAUUUACUAUUUUUCCUGAUUUUCAGAGAAGCCUAUGCUUCGAUCGACACCUGGUACGACAUGACGUUUGAGGAAGUUCAAGAGUAUGAACUAGAAACGGCCAAGGUUUAAAAAUGUCUUUUUUUAAAUCUUAUAUUUUGAUUCCAGAUCCUGCGAAAGCAAUUGGCAGAGCCGGAGAAGCGCGGCACGAAAUGCGACGAUAAAUAA